AUGCCUUUGCGGAAUCCUCUCUUUUCACGAUGGUUCUCCCAAUCAGCAGAACUAAUCCACCGUCUACCAAUCUCUAGAGUCACCACUACCACACCUCGUCCCUCAACAAUAGGAACCAUGACAAACUCGCUGCGUCGUCCAUUCUCAACCACCCGAUCUACAGGCCAAUCCAAGACCGGCAGACCCUUUGCUUUCGCCUUCCCCUGGAGACAAUACCGGCCCUUCCGACGUUUCGCGACCUCGUCCAAACCGGACGGUCCGGAACCGUCGUCUCUCUCUCAGCGAUUGAAGAAGCUCUCUCGCGAGUAUGGCUGGUCUGCGCUAGGUGUAUACCUACUGCUAUCGGCAUUGGACUUUCCGUUUUGCUUUGCUGCCGUACGACUUUUGGGUGUGGAGAGAAUCGGUCACUACGAGCACAUGCUCGUAGAGUCGGCCAAGGAGGCCGUUGAGGCCGUCUGGUCUCGCAAGCAGGAUGAACAGUCCGAGUCUCAAAAUACAGACGUGAAGGAUAGGGAUGUCACGGCGCAGGAGAACAAGAAGGCCAAUAGCGAAGAAGCGAGCCUGUGGACUCAAGUUGUUCUCGCCUAUGCUAUUCACAAGAGUCUCAUAUUCAUUCGAGUUCCCAUAACAGCAGCUAUCACUCCGAAGGUUGUGAAAAUCUUAAGACAGUGGGGCUGGGAUCUUGUACGGGGGAAGCCGAAAGGCUUGUGA